UUCGUGGGUCUGAGUUGGCGUGGGUCCGAGUUGGUUUGAGUCUGAGUUGACUCGAAACCAUUUGCGUUAUGUGUGCAGGCAUGGCAGGAGUGCUUGUGAAUUUUGCUUGACGUCUGACUGUGUCGGACAACUUGACCGUUUGCUAACUCGACUCCGGACAACUUGACUGUUGAGACAACCCGACCGUUAGCCAAGUCAUCUGUUCAGCAUAUUUAGGCAGUGGACAGUUCGACUUACAGACAUGACACAACUCGACCGGUGACAUGCAUGAUAUGACAUGCUGACAUGUCCACAGCACAGAAGGUGGCAGAAGUGCGAGAGGUGACGCGCAUUGAGCGCAUCGGCGCCCACUCCCACAUCCGGGGGCUGGGGUUGGACGAUGCCCUGGAUGCACGCAAGGUGUCCCAGGGGAUGGUGGGGCAGGUGGAGGCGAGACGGGCAGCAGGUGUCAUCCUUGAGAUGAUUAAGGAGGGAAAGAUCGCGGGAAGAGCUGUCCUGAUUGCCGGGCAACCAGGAACAGGGAAAACUGCCAUUGCUAUGGGUAUGGCGCAGAGUCUCGGACAGGACACGCCCUUCACGGCGAUUGCCGGCAGCGAGAUCUUCUCCCUGGAAAUGAGCAAAACCGAGGCCUUGACCCAGGCCUUCCGGCGGUCCAUCGGCAUCAGGAUCAAGGAAGAAACGGAAAUAAUUGAAGGCGAAGUUGUGGAGAUACAGAUUGACAGGCCAGCCACGGGACAGGGAGCCAAGGUGGGCAAGUUGACUCUCAAGACGACCGAAAUGGAGACAAUCUAUGACCUGGGCACCAAGAUGAUCGAAAGCUUGACCAAGGAAAAGGUGCAGGCCGGCGAUAUCAUCACGAUUGACAAAGCCACAGGAAAGAUCACCAAGCUGGGGCGGUCCUUCACGAGAGCCAGGGACUACGAUGCCAUGGGACCACAGACAAAGUUUGUCCAGUGCCCGGAGGGGGAGCUGCAGAAGAGGAAGGAGGUGGUGCACACGGUCACGCUGCACGAGAUCGACGUCAUCAACAGCCGCACCCAGGGCUUCCUGGCCUUGUUCUCCGGUGAUACCGGCGAGAUUAAGGGUGAGGUGAGGGAACAGAUUAACGCCAAAGUGGCGGAGUGGAGGGAGGAAGGCAAAGCCGACAUCGUGCCAGGGGUGCUCUUCAUUGACGAGGUACACAUGCUGGACAUCGAGUGCUUCUCGUUCCUGAACCGCGCCCUGGAGAACGACAUGGCGCCUGUCCUCAUCAUGGCCACAAACAGGGGCAUCACAAGGAUUCGCGGCACCAACUACAACAGCCCCCACGGCAUCCCCAUCGACCUGCUGGACCGCCUGCUCAUCAUCACCACCUCGCCCUACUCGGAGAAGGAGCUCAGACAAAUCCUCACCAUCAGAUGCGAGGAGGAGGAUGUGGAGAUGUCAGAGGAUGCCAUCACCGUGCUGACCUGCAUCGGCAUGGAGACGUCGCUCAGAUACAGCAUCCAGCUCAUUACGGCCGCCAACCUCGUCUGCAGAAAGAGAAAGGGAACCGAGGUGGGCAUGGACGACAUCAAGCGAGUGUACUCCCUCUUCCUGGACGAGUCUCGGUCCACCCAGUUCCUCAAGGAGUACCAGCAGGAAUUCAUGUUCAAUGAGGUCAACGAGGAAGAAAUGGAAACCACAUGAGGAUGGUGCCUGAGCAGAAUUUUGAAGUCUUAAGCUGGUCAGAUUCAGUUAGCCUUCUCACUUCUCGAACCCAUGCUGUUGAACUAUUCACUGGUACCUACUGCUGCUAAACGGGGCUGUGGGAAGGGAAUGGGUGUCACAGGGCACUGUGAGUUGAUCUUGCUGCCUCAAUCAAUGCGGGCACAGUGAGUGCACACGUGUCGUGACUCCUGAAAGUGUCAUUUUGUGCUGUUAGUCAAAUGAGUUCUAGUAUGUAAGGGUCCGAAGAAAUCUUGUCUUGGGUCCUGACUUAAUUAGGCACCAUUUCAAAAUCCCUAUCGGUUGACUAUAGGACAGGGCCAUCUGACCGAUAAAUAAAUAAUAACCGUGACUUGUGUUGAGUGAAUAAUGGAAGGGGUGUUGCUCCAAUGAAACCACAUAGGCUGGGGAGGAAUGCAGUGUAAAGGCAUUUAUCAGGUAGAAUUGGCCUCUUGAGAACACUUCACCUGAUAGCCAACCAGUAAUAAAUGUAUCGGUUGGAUCGUUCUGUCUGACACCCACACUGUACCUGAUAAGAAUUUUGAAAUAGUGUCCUUAGACCUUAUCCAGCAGGCUGUAUUGAGGGUUUGCGUGGCUGCCAUCUAAAGGGCCAGUGCUUUUGUUUUACAGGGGAUGCACAAUGGAGGCUUCCCUGUGUAACAAAACAACUGCCCUGAAAGAUGGCUACCACGCAAAGCCUCUAUAGCGAGUGGGUACAAGUGAUGUUCUGUAUCCCAGAGGUUGCAGCAGUUUGGUUUGUGUGUUCUGUAAAUUCAAAUGCGCUCCAAUGGACAAGGCAGACAUUCUUGCAGUAGAGGAUCUUUAUGGCAGGUCAUCUCUCUCAAGAAGAAUGAUCGUUUGCCUUGUCUUGUGCUCAUGGUUUCAAUAAGAGAGUAAUACAUUUAGGCAAAAUCUGCCAGCCUGUUGCAGUACUUACAUUAUGUUCUUCGAUUAAAUCCUUCGAAAAUAAUAUACAGUUGAAUAUAUGAAUUUUCAUGGAAGUUGGUUUUCUCGCUGCAUAGACGGAAGAGGACUUGUGGCAUUCGUAUUUCUGUCCAAGCACUCCAGUCAAUAAAACAUGAAGACACACAGUUGCCUUUUUAUUUUGGUAAACGUCUGUAAAUAAUUUGUUAUUGAGUGACUGCUUGAUAUUUUGUCUGCAUGAAGUACUGUACAAGCAUUCCACAUUUUCCUGCCCAAGGAUUGCAUUCUGUCUACACUACCCUUUUGCCUUCAAUAGUUACUCAAGUGGUUGAAUUUGGGAUGUUAGCACAGGUGGCUGGUGCGUAAAGCACUCACCUGUCUCCACUGUGGGUUUGCUACCUGGCCUGGGCCAGAUAUGAGUAGUCAGAGUUGUGGGUUGGUUGGUUCUCUCCUAUGUCACAAGAGUUUUUCCUCAGGGUGGCCCCCAGUUGUCAUCCCUCCGCAAAACUGGACAUUUUCUCAGGCUGUGCUCCUUGGGUAGUUGUGGGUCAUUUGGCAGGCUGCCCUAGGUGCCCUUGUAUGCCUUCAGCUUUACCACAUUGCAAUUUUAUUGUACAGUGCAUGUGAACAUAACUGUGUGGAAUUUACACUUUAUAAAUGAGUAAAAUUAUUAAGUAUUGUUAGCUCAACAAACUAGGUGUUUUCAUUAAGGCCAAACAAGUUGCACCUGUCUCUGACACCUUGUUGUCAGCUCUGCUGUUUGACUCUGCAGCCUGGAAGGAACCAGUUACAAGAUCUGUUCUAGGUGGAUAUUGGAAUUGGGGUUUUUUAUUACACUUUCAAGUACUCCAAACAAAAUGGCCUUGUAGGAGACUGUGUUCAUUUCUUCCGGAAGUCUCUUGGAAUUUGAAGUUCCUUUAAAAUGUUUGAUUUGGGUGAGGCCCAAUGACAAAAAAAUAGCAGGGUUUUCCAUGCCCAGGAAGGCUUCUAUGUCUUUAUGCGAUGACGUUCGUGACUGCUUUCUAAAUCAGGGUCUCGUCUCUGGCUGUGCCUUCAGACUGAGGUCCACAGUCGGUUUCUGACAUCACAGCAUCAAAUGAACACUCUCCAAGAGCUGGGCAUCAUCACCGAAUCCAUGACACUGAAGCCAGAAAUGGACACUAAGCCACAAUUCAGAGAUAACCCCCCCCCCGGUUAGUUUUGUUUUGCUGCCAAAAUUGUGGUCUGUCUCCGCAAAAUUAAAACGUCAGGUAGGUGUCGGGCUGGGGGAGCAGACUACAGUACACUUGUUUUGCGGGACAGUCCACUGGCAAAUUUCAUAUGGCCCUCUCCCUCAUUCAAAAUGGUCUAACGACGCCCGUGGCUACUUCUGACUGUGGUGGCUGUGGCUGGCAAUAGUAUGUCCAUCAAUGGUAAGCCACUGGCCAGCAGCUGCAGGCACUGCCUGCAGAUAUGUGUGUUACUCCUAGCCACAGCUGGUUGACUGGGAGAUGGCCAAACAUGCCAUAUUCAAGCUAAAGGAGACUUGUGUAAGUUUAGUGCUAAUGAGUCCACCAUCUGCUGUUCGCUCCCCAUGUACUCUUUAACACUGGUGCCUGCAACAUGUUUUUUCAUUUGCAUGUCCCCAGACACCAGCAUUUUAAGACAUGACACGAAUCUGAGGACUUCCUCCAUUUUAAAGGGCCAAAACUCGGAGAGAAUACAGCUACAUGUAUUGUGUUGCAUCAUGAAAUUCUGUAAUGUGGGUAAUUAUGGUAACGAAUUAUCAGACAUGAAAUGUAGAUGCUUCUUAAGUUGGGAUUUUUUUCUUAAUUUUUUAAGUUUGUGAAUUUAUUUGUACUUCCUAUUUAAGUGUACCAAGUGUAAAAAAAGACUCCAUUUUUUUGUCAAGGGUUUCAUGAAAUUGGAGAAUAAAGUUUUUUGAUGCAAUUUAA